GAAGAGCGACGCUGAGACAAAUGGUUGGGUUUCACAUGUUGGAACAUCAAACUUAUCAGCAUUCAUCGACAAGCACAAAGAUAUAGCCCAUUCUUUCUUUCUAUGGCUUCAUGAGAUUAGCAGAAACAAAAGAUUCAGUACCAUUCAGUGUUACAUCAGGCCUCAUUCAUCAAUAAAAUUCAGAGGAGAACAACAAUGUAAAUUCAGUAAUUUUCCCUGCUAAAGCUGGCCACUUUCAUAGGCAAAAUUCAGAGGAGAACAACAACAUAAAUUCAGUAAUAUUCCCUGCUAAAGCUGGAUACGAUCAUAGGCAAAAUUCAGAGGUGAAAAGUAAUAUUAAUUCAGUAAAGUGUUGUGCUAAACCUGACCUCAUUCAUUGGGAAAUUCACUGAUGGACAACACAUUAACAAUCAACUAGUUUAUCAAAAUAAUCAGGGCAGAGUAGUGGAACCUGCAACUCGGUUAUACAGGCAUACAAGCAGAAUACAAAGGAUUUUACCUGUAAUCAUCAGCAGUCCCCAAGGGAUCUUGCUGGUAUAUAGCCGGUGCCCUGGAUGAUGAAUGGAGAUUGACAUUAGUUGCCAUCGUUCGAUGACGAAGUGCCUGUGCUUGGAUCGACUGAGGAGCCGCAGCACCUGGUAGCAUUGCAGACCUUCGCGGAUCCGGGCGAGAGGCAGGAGGCGAUCUCCCGAUCGCAUCUAGGGCCGUCUCCAUGGAAGUUCGUCGAGCCUUGGACGUCGGGCGUGAAUGAGGAAGAGACCGUGGCCUUCCAUCCAUGACGGCGAGGAUGAGGAUGAUCGAGAGAAGAUGGGAACGACCGAGGGAAGAGACGCAGGAAACGGCGGCGGCGUGGGAGAAAAAGAAAGGUCCAGGCGUUGGAAAAAAACGUGGGAACGUGGAUAGGGCCGCUCUCUUCGGGUCCGAUAUUUGGGACCGUGGAGACGGAGCCCGAUCCUGUUUCACGUUUUUUGUUAAAUUAAGGCCUCUGUUGGAGCAUUUUUUGAGUCCUAAAGUCCUAUAUUUGAAAUAAGGACUCUGGUUAAGACCGCUCUUGGAGUUGCUCUAACUUUGGUUGGUCCUUGGUCGUUAUCAGCGGUAGAUUUUGUCAGAAUAUUUUCUUGAUGAUACUUAAGCUGUUAAGCUGUCAGACAGUCCGUUGCUGAACUGGGAGCUUCCAGUGUACUCAAGUUGUUCAUUGGUCAUAAUAACAGAGUGAUGUUUCUUGAACUCUCGCUUGAUUUUCUAAUCAUAUAUUAGAUGGUUUAAUAGUGAUGUGAGAAAUUAGUGUUGAGAUUGAUGCUCCAACAAGCUCUGUACAACUAGAUCACUGUGCGUCUGUGUGAGCCUUUCCUUUCAUGAUGCAGCUUGUGGCAUUAUGUAUGUAGGGCUUGUGAGAAAACUAAAAACAUUCACAUAAAUAUGCUUGGUAAUUUAUUGUUAAUUGCUCCAGAAACUGUUUUAGUUAAUAAUGAUGUAAAGACCUACUCCCUCGGUCCUAUAAUAUAAGGUGUAACUUGUCUCAUAAUAUAUUUGUCCCAUAGUAUAAGGCGUGCUCUCUCUAGACACACGUACAUCAAUGCAGUAGUAUUAAUGUUGAUAGAGAGAAUUAAAUACAUUUCUUAGUCUUUGAACCAGAGGUUGUUACAGUUAUAUACUGGGACGGAGGGAGUAGUAACAUUUGUUACAAGGUUUCAGAAGAUGGCAAUAUUUUUUAUUUUUCAGAAUGAUAAAGAACUAGCGGCAUUUGUAUUUGGUUCAGAAUAGGAUAGUAUAUUCUUGCGAAAGGGCCUCUAGCUUAGUGGUUAUGGCUUCCGAGUAGCACCUCUAAGUCCCAGGUUUGAUUCCCCUCAGGGCGAAUUUUCGGGCUUAGUUAAAAAAAUCUCCUUGUUGUGUCCCAUCCGCUCUUGGGUUACAAUGUCCUGUGCGCCACCCUCCGGUUGGACCGUUGCAGAGUGAACGGUUGACACCGACCCGUGAGUGAUGGGGGCCCAGGUUCGAAGGUUUUCUCGGCCGGGAUUAAUGUUUCGGUCUCUUCUUAAUAUAAUACCGGGAGAGUGGUCAUUCUCUCCCCGACCGAUUUUUUAGGAUAGUAUAUAUUCUUUUUUUUCUUUCUGUAAUGUGUUGCAAGUUGUUCUAUAUAUGGUCCUACUCUUCUUGCCGUGCAGAGUAUGACCACAAAAAAUGCAGAGUUGACACAGAACUGGGAAAAACAAGUACAUAUAGUGUAAGCAACUAGUAUACAGUUAGGCUAGUUUAACCUUUCAUCCCAGUGUUUUGCUAUGUGACCUUAUUUGAGGUUAGGCAGAUUUUUCUUAGCUUUGAACCCUUGACCUGCCUGUUAUAAGAUUUGUUUAGCUGCUUUAUCAGACAUGUGUUUUUUUUGCCACAACUGUGGCAAACAAUUUGUGUCAAUUAUGUGUACUAUGUUAUUACUAAAUUAUGGCAUUUUUGUGUGCCACAACUGUAGCUGCGGACCAAACAAUUUCUGUAGCAUUCAAAUUCUAACUUAAGCGCUGUAUCUCUGUUCCAAAUUAGAGUUCACUUUAGUUUUGAUCCAGGACAAACUUCUCUAUCUUUGACUAAGUUUAUAGAAAAACGCAUCAACAAUUCAACAUUAAAUGAAUGUCAUUAAAUUCUCCAUGUGUUUUGAUAGUGCAUUUAUUUAACUUGUAUGUAUUAAUAUAUUUUUUUCUAAAAACUUGGUCAAAGUUAGAGAAGUUUGACUUAGGACAAAGCUAAAGUGAUGUAUCAUUCAGAAGUCGGAACUGAGGGACUAGCAACUAAAAAGCCCAUGAUUCAUUUACUAAAACAUGCAUGAUAAAACUGUGGCUGCAAGCUGAAUGGUUAAUUGGUCUUUCAUAUAACGCGACAAUUGUUUUUAUGAACUUUAUCUGGAAUUGGAGCUGUUCCUUUUGUGGAUUUUCAGUAGGACUACACAGAUGAAGCAUUAUUUGUUGAUGUUAUUUUUAAUGUGUAUUUUCACAUCGACUGAACAGACACAGUGGAUUUACUACUUUUACUCUUAUUUAAAGUGUCCCACCAUUCAUUCUAACACUUCGAUAACUUGCUGUGCUAUAUUGUUCUUUGAUUAUAUUUCAAGCUGCAAAGUUAUCUUAUUGUUGUCUUCCUUGUAUAAAUUAUUCUAACAAAUGUGAUAUGAGUUUCUUUAAAUUGGUGGAUUUCCUCUGAUGCUAGAACAGUACCAUCCAUAACAAUCUUGAAUCUAAUAUUCAGCUUGUCGAUACUUUUUAUUUUACCCUGUUCUUGUGUUCUGUUUGGAAAAGAGAUUUACUUUUCCUUUUACUACUGACUGUUUUUCCUUUCAUGCCACAAGGUUUCUUCCUUCAGUAAAUUUCUUUGCAAGAAUGUCCUAAUAGGAUGCAAGGCUCAUGAUUUGUGUGGUCUCCACUAUUUUGAGGCAACUGAGUAUCUUGUAUUAGUGUCACUUGGUCUGCACUUUCUCAACAAUGAAAGGCUAGAUUAGAAGCUGGAUGAUCUUGCAGGCUGAAAAUUGAAUUGUUUCUGCCUGGUGGUAUUCAUUCAAACUUUCUAAUAGAGGGAAAAGCUCUAUAAUGGUAAAAUGUGAUGUUUGAUGGCCUAGGAUUUGGUUCAACAACUUUCUUGUCCACCACUUCAGUCACUACCUACCUCCUUUGUCCUGACACCAAUUGGUCCGCUAUAGACUUGUUGAGCAUAUAAAUUAAAACCAGUCAUCUGUUUCCUUAGCUAAGGACCUGUUUGGAUCCACCAGCUAAACUUUAUGACUAAAUUAAGCUGUAGUGGAUCCAAACAGCCUAGCUAAAAUAUCAGCCAAAUGCUUCUUAGCUAAUAAGAACCCCAUUAUCUCAUUAUAUGUUCCAACCCAGCUAAAAGUGCUCAAUGACCAAAUUACCCUCCUGUCUUUUCCACAUCUGAGCCCUCGGGCUCCGUUCCACCACGCUUGGGCAUUUUCACCAGCCUCCGCCCACAAGCGGGCCACACCAGCUGGUAGCACUGUUCCCCGGCGGACCCAGCGGCAUGGCGCCUCCCCAGACAAGGCCGUGGCAUCCGGCAGCGGAGGGCCGCUCACGCUCCACACUGGUGGUGGGGUCGCACAUAUCCUGGCAGCGGAGGGUUCUUGCCUCGUGCUCCUCAGCACAAUGGAGAUGGAUGGUCAAUAUACACCUAUUAGCUAGAGGAUCCAAACAGCCCUAGCUAAACUUUAGCUGGUCAUAUUAGUUGGCUAAAGUUUUUUUUCUCGAAAUGCGCAGGAGAACUGCACCUCAUUAUAUUAAGAAGAAAAGGUAACCAGGGUCUAAAGAAGGCCCGAUACAAAAAAAAAACCUUACGAGGGCCAGAAGCACGCAUACAGAAAGGAAUCCAUCUAGGAAAACAUAACCCACACACUACACACUAGGGAAGUCCCUAGGACUCAGCUAAGGGGGCUGCCAGAUAAGAAAUGUCUUUUGCCCCGCUAUUUCCCACCGAUGCAUCUCCUCUUUUGCCCAGAUAAAGGUUAGAGUUAUAUUUAAAUUCCAACCAUAAAAAACCCAUCUAUUCUGGUGAUUUCAAAUCGCUCAAGCACCCAAAAUGAUGAGGGAGUUUAGACCCUUUUUGAUAAGCCCACUUACUACUCCUGCUGCCUUUUCCCACCAGCCUAGGAAGGAGGAAGCAGCCAUCUAUGGUGCGAGGGAGUUGCAACCCAAACUGUCUCAGCAAAAGAUACCAGAAUUCUCUUGCAAAGACACAAGUCAGGUGGUCCAUAGUUUCAGCCUCUUGGUCACACAGAAGACAUUUCUCCGGGUGAUCCAAACCUCGUUUUGCAAGCCUAUUCGCUGUCCAGCAUCUUUUCUGAGUAACUAGCCAAAUGAAAAACCGGCAUUUGGGCGGGGCCCAUGAUUUCCACACCAUCUUAUAAUAUGCAAAGGAACUUGAGCCAAGGAAAAGGCCUUUGUAAGAAGAUUUAGCCGAAUAUUUGCCAUUUGAGGCUAAGCUGAAAAGGUGUUUAUCAUCUAUGUCAAGCUGCAGUUCAAAAUCUGAAAGCAAAUCCCAGAGGUGCUGGCUAAAGUUUAGCUGGGGUGGAUCCAAACAGAGCCUAAGUGUAUGGUAUGAGCAUUGUCAGUAUAUAUUGAUUAGGCCUGUUACUCCUCCUGUAUUGCAGACCCCUGUACCUCCACUGCAAAGGGCUGCUGAUGUAACUCCAGUGUUCAACCAGAUAUUGAUGAAUGAUCAAGAAGAAGAAUAUGAUGGCCCCCCUCAAAAGGAAAUUCCUUCUUUAAUUGUCUGGACCCUUGGAGGAAAGAAUGUAUAUGUUGAAGGAUCAUGGGAUAACUGGAAAUCAAGAAAAGCCAUGCAAAAAUCUGGGAAAGAUCACUCUCUUUUGCUGGUACUCCCGUCAGGAGUUUACCGAUACAGAUUUGUUGUAGAUGGAGAAAGGAGAUGCCUUCCUGACCUUCCCUGUGAAACUGAUGCAAUGGGCAAUGCGGUUAACCUUCUUGAUGUUAAUGAUUUUGUCCCAGAAAGUGUUGAGAGCGUGGUAGAAUUUGAGCCACCGCUUUCUCCAGACUCUAGCUACAGUUUCCAGGCACCUGAGGACAAGGACUUCGCCAAGGAGCCACCUGCUCUUCCAGCUCAACUCCAUCUCGGCGUCCUUAACUCACAGAACUCGGAAGAAAGCUGCGCGCGGCCGCAGCACAUAGUCCUCAAUCACCUCUUCAUAGAGAAGGGCUGGGGCGCCCACCCCCUGGUGGCUCUCGGCCUAACCCACAGGUUCGAGUCCAAAUAUGUAACCCUCGUCCUGUACAAACCCAUCGAACGAUAGCAAUAGCCCGCGCAUGAAGAGCGGAAGUUCAAUGCUUGACAACUCACUGCGGGAGCAGCGAUGAACAGCGCCGAGGUUGUACAUGCUUGUGAAAGUGGUUGAGGUUCAGGAGUAUUUUUUUUCCGUGCCCUGCUUGCAGAACCUCUGGUAGUCUGGUUGUUAGCUGUACAUGCUGCGCUAUCAUGAUGUUGGCCUUCUGGUUUGUUUACAGAGAGACAAGGCGUCCUUACAAUUUUUACAUGUCCGCUUGUCGUCGUCGUUCCUCUCCCAUCCCAUGGCAGAUUGGCAGGAAUGAAAUGUGUUGAAAUCCACAUGAAUGUUAGGUGCCGGAGAUAGAUCAAGGGAUUCCUAGAUUUUUAUUUGUUUUUUGACUGGUCAAGAAGAUGUUGUUGUUAUGUACUAAACUCAAGAAAUUUUUACAAAUGAGAUACUAGUGUUCUCAGGCCCGGAGCCAUUUUUUUUU